AUGAAGUUCACCCACUCCUUGUUGAUUGCCGUCGGGGCAGAUUAUGUAUCAGCGAGUGCGCAGACAGUCAAUUCCCAAAAUACAAGUGGAAAUGCCAUUGUGGAUGUCGCAGCCAGAACCGGCCAGGCCCAGUUCCUGGGAUCCAACUUCAUCUACGGAUUCCCUGACAAUGGCGUCGAAGCGCAGGUUUCCAUCCCAGACCACUUUUUGACGGGAAUCAAGUUCAAUGCCUGCCGCGCCGGUGGAGCGCAAAUUGCUGCCGGUGGUUGGGGAUCGGGCGGCUACGCUGAGUAUAUUGGCCGGUUCAACUCGACCCUAUCCAACUACCGUUCCACUCGCAAGUACAACGGCGAGUUUAUUCUUUUGCUCCACGACCUCUGGGGCGCUGACGGGGGCUCAUCUCCGGAUGAUCUUGUUCCUGGUGAUAAUGGGGACUAUACGGAGUUCCAAAAGUUCCUGGCUCAGGUCAAAAAGGAUAUCGAAGCUAACGAUAUGCUGGACGGGCUCAUUAUCGAUAUCUGGAAUGAGCCGGAGCUGGAAAUCUUCUGGAAACGGUCCUGGGAGCAGUAUUUGGACUACUAUGUGCACGCCACCGGGCUCGUGAGGACGGUCAUCACCGGUCCCUCCUUUGCCCAUGCGCCAACUAUCGACAGCACAUACUGGAAUAGCUGGGCUAGCGUUGUCGCCGGCAGCCGAACCCUUCCGGAUAUCUACUCGUGGCACCAGAUUGGCGUCUGGGAGCGCGAGCCAGACCGAUCAGUUGCAGACUUUAAGGCACUUCUGAACUUAUACGGUCUACCGGAUAAACCCAUCGAUCUGAAUGAAUACGCAUGGACGACCGAGCAGAAUCCUGCCAAUUCGGCCUUCUACCUCGCUCAGCUUGAACGACACAAUGUCCGCGGCCUGCGCGCGAACUGGGGUUCUGGCGGUGGACUUCACGAUUACCUUGCGAACUUGGUCUAUAAGAGCGAAAGCGACGGCGAAUAUCAACCCAACGGCGAAUGGCAUCUGUACAACUACUACGCGAAUAUGACAGGGGACAGGGUGGCGACGACGGCAGCGGCGGAUAGGCAGUUCGACGUCUUUGCAACUGCAUCGUGUGGCGAAGUCAAGAUUCUAGCUGGAACCCGAUCUGCCCAGGCCGCAUACGAUGUCAUCGUCCGCGGCCUGCCGAAACUGGGAUUUCCCCGUCGUGGCGAGAUCGGCGUUCGGAUCCUGCGAUUCGACUGGAAUGGCCAGUUUGCUGAUGUCGGAGGUCCGGUGGAUCAGGGCUGUUCCCAUUAUCCCGUCCAGGAUGGACAGCUUACAUUUACCGUUGAUCCUCCAACCAACUCGACGGCUUUUGCGUUUGAGAUCUCUCCUCACGGAAAGUGCUAG